CAGGCAGCCGGAGCUCGCGCUCGCUCCAGGAUGUCGGGCUUCCUGGUGGAGCUGCUCGGCGAGAAGCUGGUGGCCGGCGGCGGCGAGGAGGUGGACGUGCACUCGCUGGGCGCCCGCGGGAUCUCCCUGCUCGGGCUCUACUUCGGCUGCAGCCUGAGCGCCCCCUGCGCGCAGCUCAGCGCCAGCCUGGCCGCCUUCUACGGCCGCCUGCGGGGGGACGCGCCGGGCCCGGGGCCGGGGAGCGGGGGCGCGGGCGCCGCAGCCCCCGCCGGGGCCGCCGCCGCGGAGUCGGAGCCGGAGCCGGAGCCGCGCCGCCGCCUCGAGAUCGUGUUCGUGUCCUCGGACCAGGACCAGCAGCAGUGGCAGGAGUUCGUGCGGGACAUGCCGUGGCUGGCGCUGCCCUACAAGGAGAAGCACCGGAAGCUUAAAUUAUGGAACAAAUACCGAAUUUCCAACAUUCCAUCACUGAUCUUCAUUGAUGCUACCACAGGGAAAGUUGUGUGCAGAAAUGGGCUGCUGGUGAUCCGAGAUGACCCAGAAGGUUUGGAAUUCCCUUGGGGACCCAAGCCCUUCAGUGAAGUCAUUGCCGGGUCUUUGCUUAGAAAUAAUGGCCAAUCACUGGACAGCAGCUGCCUGGAAGGGUCUCAUGUGGGAGUUUACUUCUCUGCCCAUUGGUGUCCGCCUUGCCGAAGUCUCACCCGAGUCCUGGUGGAGUCUUACCGGAAGAUCAAGGAGUCAGGACAGAAAUUUGAGAUUAUUUUUGUUAGCGCUGACAGGUCAGAGGACUCCUUCAAACAGUAUUUCAGUGAAAUGCCCUGGCUUGCUGUCCCCUACACUGAUGAAGCCCGGAGGUCACGUCUCAACCGACUCUAUGGAAUCCAAGGCAUCCCCACCCUCAUCGUGCUGGAUCCAAAGGGAGAAAUGAUCACCCGACAGGGGCGGGUGGAGGUCCUCAAUGAUGAAGACUGCCGGGAGUUCCCCUGGCACCCCAAGCCUGUACUGGAGCUCUCCGACUCCAACGCCGUGCAGCUCAAUGAGGGCCCGUGCCUCGUUCUCUUUGUAGAUUCUGAGGAUGACGGUGAAUCUGAUGCUGCCAAGCAGCUCAUCCAGCCAAUCGCAGAGAAGAUCAUCGCCAAGUACAAAGCCAAAGAGGAGGAGGCCCCGCUUCUGUUCUUUGUGGCAGGAGAGGAUGACAUGACAGACUCCCUGAGAGAUUACACCAACCUACCCGAGGCGGCCCCACUGCUCACCAUCCUGGACAUGUCGGCCCGAGCUAAGUACGUGAUGGACGUGGAGGAGAUCACGCCCGUCAUUGUGGAGGCCUUUGUGAACGACUUCCUAGCAGAAAAGCUAAAGCCAGAGCCCAUCUAACGGAACCUUGGCCUCCCUGGACAUUAUUUAAAACUCAGCCACCUCCUCCUCCCCCUUCCUCUGCACCCUCGGACUUUUCAGCUGUGUUUUUGGUGCACUCACUGAUCCUGAUGUCUGACCUCUUUGUGGUGCCUUUUUUUUCUGCAUUUGGUCCUUCUUGCCAGCUCCCUGAGGGGUGCCUCCUUCCAAAUGGCAGAAGAGUCCAUGUGUCUUGGAGCCUGCUUCUGCUUCACAGAUGAUUUAGCUGGGCCAGAACCGGGAUCCUCACAGUGAAAUCCUUGCGAGGGUAUGCUCCCCCCGGGUUAGGCAGCAAGUGGGCAUUUCAUUUGGUUCUCCAUUUCUCGGCAUCUUUUACGCAUCUUCCAGGUUACUCCCCUCUCCAGACGUGUACACACUCAUGCACACACACCUAGGACUCUUCAGCAAAUAGAAGGGUGGUUGUUGGUGCCUGUCAUUAGGUGUCCUUUUCUCUUGGCUAAAGAAAAGGAAAGUCACUACUUCCCAACUCCAGGGUUCUGAUGGGCUCCUCCUAAGCCAGGAGGUCUUUGUCAUCACUGGUGAUAAAAAGAGCUGCAAGGAAACCCAAGAGAAGAGGGUCUCUCUUCUCCCCCAGCCUCCCCGCACAGGGCCCACCUUCUAGGAACAGUCCCCCUGCUGCCUUCACUUACACACAUUGUUCUCCCUGCUCCCUGACCAAGGAAUUCUGCCACCUGUCCUCAGAGGGGCCCAACACACUGAGCCCAGACCCUGAGGAAAACUCUUAAGAAACAACCCCCUGGCUGAGGUGGCAUCAGAGACCCCAUCACAGCGUCCAUGGCCCAAUGCCCUUUUCUAGAGGUUGGUGAGCCUGGAUCCAGUCCCUGCUUCACUCGCAGGGCCCCUUGGCUCUCACAAGAUGAAAAGCACAAAUCAGAACCCUUCCCCAAGAUGAUGUGGCAUGGUCCCCUUCCUUAGAGAGGAGGAAACUCAGGCCCACAGAGGGGGAGUGACUUGCCCAAGGUCACACAGGUAGUAAGUGACAGAGUCAGGAUUUGAACCCAGGUCCCCAGGCUCUAAAUUCACUGUUCUUUCCGCUGCAUCUCACUGCUUCCAUCCCACACCUAAAUGAAUGCAUCCAAAAGAGCAGCGUUAUCUGGAGCCAGGAAUUGGAGGCCUCUGGAUAGAGCUGUGCCUGGCCUUCCUCUGACUUGGGCACAGACCGGCCUCUGGGAAAGGGGUCUGAGAAGACCCAGCUCCCUAAGAGGAAGCUGUUGACUUUGCUCACCUUUGCUGUGUUGUUUUGUUUCUUGUAGUUCAAAGGGUAGGAAGUUAGUCGUUAAUGAUGGCCCAGGUCUGAAAAGCGGUCACUUAAAAAUAAAACAGGCACCUUUGGGUUUUUCA